UUUUCUGACUGUUACUGAACUCUUUUCAAAGCAAACUUCAGUUUCAUUUAGAAAUCCCCUAAACUAUGAUCUAAUUGUAAUAUCCUGUUUUCUAAAUCUAGAAAUUCUGGUCAUGUUUAUUCUGGUCAUAAUUUGCUGCUUUAGACACAUGCUGGUUCUGUAUUGAUUCCAAUUUCCAAAACCACCUUAUUCUUGUUAUCUUCACUACGUACCAACUAUUCAAACCCUAAAUUUGGUGCAUGCAUUUCUGUGUUGAGUGUUGGCAUUCGUAAUCUGAACUGUGAAAUUAAAGGGAGUGACAGUGAUAGAAGAUGUCGUGGCUGAGAUCUGCGAUGACCAAAGCAGUAGAGGUUGGGAACAAUACCAACCUCACUCGCGCCGUCGUACAACACGCCGGCCAAGCCGUCGCCGAGGGCGCCAAAAUCCUUCAGGAUCGCAUUGCUGCUCGGAAUUAUAGAAGUGUUGCACAGACAAUUAAGAGAUUGGAAGAAGCUGCUAUCACCUACAGGGGACCUGAAAGAGUGGAGUUGCUUAGAAGAUGGCUUGUUGUGCUUAAAGAGGUUGAUAAAUUGUCUCGAGCUGCGGAUGAUAAAGAGAAGACUUUUGAGCAUCACCUUGGUGUUGAAGAGUUAAAAGAUAACCCAAGGAAACCAUCUCUGGUUGAGAGGCAAUUUAGUGAAUGCUCAAAAUCUCUGCAGUGGAAUAAGGAUAGAGUGAGGGAACUAGAAACACAACUUAAAUCUUUGCAAGAGGAUUUAAUUUCAGCUAAAGAUGCUGCAGCAGCAAACGAAGAGCGAUUAUCAGCUGAACUUUCCACUAAGAACAGGGGGAAAAGGAAGAACCACCCAAAAAAGAAGAACCUCAUCAGCCACCUCAAGAGAACAAAGAUCAGGCCAAGUGACUAUUCCAGAACAAGUGAAUAUUCCAGACCAAGUGACUACUCAAGAUGGGGUUCCUCUGAUGAUGAUAAUGGCCUUGGAGAUUCACCCAACACAACAUUUUUGCCAGCUGCCUCUAAUGAAGAUGGAUAUGGACGGCAGGGAGGUCAACGUUUUCAUUUUCUUAUUCAUCAUUAUUAAAUUGUUUUCAGAGAAUAUUUAUGAUGACUGAAAGAAGAUGAAAAUAUAGGCAAAAUAAUCAACAUUAUUAUUAUUUUUUUGUUUUUGUAAUAAUGCAUAGAAAAUGAGAAGAGUAGUUAUGAUAAUGUAUACUGAUAGCUACAGUGUUUGGAAAAGAAAAACUGUAGAAAGAAUUUGAAAAGCUAAAUGUUUUGUUUUAUUUUGAAUAUUUUGUAUUAUUAGUGGAUUGCAAUUUAAAUGAAUAUAAGUCUAUGUUUAGUUAUUUGUCUUGUCUUGAGUCUUUAUAUUAGAGAAUUAUUUAUUAUUUUGAUAAGUUUGUGAACUUAUUAUCUAAUAUUUAAAAGUUUAUUUGCAUUAA